GAAGCGCUGGUCUAGGACCCAGCAGCGGCAGGCUUCGGAGCGCUCACGGCGGACAGCUGGGUGGCUCCCUCACCUCCACCUGUAAUGCAGGAGGGAGCAGUGGCCGGUUCUCCUGUGAGCCCCCUGGCAGCCACCCCACCUCCAGGCAACGAGGCCCAAGCCAGACCCGAAGCUCAGGUGGACGUGCCGGGUGAGGGAGGGAUCUGCAAGCUGCCAGGAAGACUCCGGAUCCAGCCCGCGCUCUGGAGCCGGGAGGACGUGCUGCACUGGCUGCGCUGGGCGGAGCAGGAGUACUCUCUGCAGCGCACGAGCGAGCACGGGUUCGAGAUGAACGGCCGCGCCCUCUGCCUCCUCACCAAGGACGACUUCCGGUUCCGCGCGCCAGGUUCAGGUGAUGUCCUGUAUGAGCUGCUCCAGUACAUCAAGACCCAGCGGCAAGCCCUGGUAUGUGGCCCUUUGUUUGGAGGGGCCUUUAGGCAGAAGAUGCCCAGUCGGUACUGCCCCUACUCCCUGGAAGAGGAGACCAGGCCUUCCCAGGUGGGCCCCCAAAGAGGCCUCCUGCAGCAGCCACCAGAUCUUGGGCUUACCAACUGCCUGAGUCACCUGGAUGCCUCUGGCCUGGCCAGGUGCCCCCUUGGCAGGGAGGACUCCCUCAACUUAUCUCACUGUGCGGAGCUCGGCUGUAGGGCCGAGGGCGUCUGCUCCUUCCCCACGGUGCCGAAGGCCCCCGUCGACGGCAGGAUCGCAGACUGCCGGCUGCUGUGGGAUUACGUGUACCAGCUGCUCUCUGACGCCAGGUACAAGUCCUACAUCAGGUGGGAAGACAAGAACGCCAAGAUUUUCCGAGUUGUGGAUCCUAAUGGGCUCGCCAGACUCUGGGGAAACCACAAGAACCGGGUGAACAUGACCUAUGAGAAGAUGUCACGUGCCCUCCGCCACUACUAUAAGCUGAACAUCAUUAAGAAGGAGCCCGGGCAGAAACUUCUGUUCAGAUUUCUGAAGAUACCUGGGGAGAUCACUGAGGACAAGGGCAGCCGCCAGGAGCAGCUGGAGAGCCAGGAGCAGGACAAGGUGGACUUCAAGGAGGAGAUGCUAGAAGUCUCUCCGUGAGGGGCGAGUGGACUCCGGGCACCGACGGGCCGGAGACUGAGUCUCCCAUGAAGGCAGCAUCGAGCUGCAUGGCCUCCUGCAGGCAGGGCGGCCACGCAGCAGGGCAGUAGGAUCGCCGGGCGGGUUUUGCAACUCACAGGAUCUCAGCUGUUGUCUCGGACCGUAACGCUGCCUGGGGGACCUGGACCUGCCGAGAACCGGGAGGCUCACACCCAGGACGUGGUAGAGGCACCAGUCUUUGGGUGGGGAAGCCCUGGGGCUGAGUGGGGGCACCGGGCAUGAACUUCCUCCCUGCCUUACCCCUGGCUACCUGCUGUGGUAGGGCAUCCAGCCAACCGCUUCAGUUCACAGAAGAAGGAAGCAGAGUGUUCCCACUGAGCCUCAGCUUGCCUCAUCUGUCAGAGGGGUGUGCUCAUGAAAACCCACCCCAGGGAUCUGAUGUGUGAAACAGACAAAGGAUAAUUGCUUUGUCAACCUUUAGUAACAAUAACAAUCAUUCGACCUGACAUUGAAGUGCUUACUGUGUGCAGGCCUUGUGCUCCGGGUCCAGUUCACACGCCAAGCCCGUGAGGUUUAAAGGUGGGAAAACAGACUUGCAGGGCUGGGUGUCUCUCCCAAACCCGGUGCUGCCUCCCUGUUUUCUGUUGGCAACGUCCCGUGUCUUGGGUGUUUCUCAAGCAGAGGUCAUGGCCCUGCCUCUCUGCCCCUGGCAUCUUCGAGGAGCAGUCCCCUUGUCCUCAGUUUUCAGUCCUUCAGUGACUCUGUGACUGUGACCAGUGGAGGUGGCCACGUCUCUCCCUGUGGCUUCCUACGCUCCUACACCUGAAUCUGCCAUGUGACUUUGGGCCAGUCAUUCCACUUCUCUGGAGCCUCAGGGUUCUCACCUGUAAAAUGGGGAUGCCGUCCUGACCGGCCUCACAGAAGCAGAAAACUUCAGUAAGACAACACUCGUGCCAUGUUCAGGGCCUGCCUGCUCUGUAAGAGCGCUUACUCACACUAAGAAAACCCUGCCAACCAAAAGCUGCUCUAAAAGUGUGAAAAUGGCUCUGCCCCUCCCCCCCCACCCCCACGUCCUGACUGGGGCAUCCCGAGGGGCGGAGCUUCUGCCCCUGCACCUCUGGGAGGGGACAAAGCGAAGGGAGUGUUUUCACAUAAUCGAAAACAGAACUCCCUGGGUUUGCAUCUGCUUUCCUGGAAGGAGGAACCGCCUGUGCCUCUUGCCUCCCGAUUGUCAGAAAACCCCUGUCUGGCUGAACCUGUGUUGUCCUGAGUCACUGCACAGGGGACGCUGAUAAAGAUUCUUGGACUUUGGGACUCAACACUGUGACAGCUCGUGAGCAGGGAAACUCCUGGCUGAGUCCCAUCUGGGGUUCUCGGCAAUUCCACAUCCAAAGGGGCCAGGCAGGGGUCUUAGCAAAUAGGUUCAGCAGGAGACCCUUGCCCCUUCCAUCUUCCCCGAGACUGUUUUCUCUCCGUGACCUUGGUCCAGGGUGGACCCACACCCUGUAGCCUUUCUCAUCAUCUCUAACCCACAACUGCGUAACGAGUGGUAGGGACUGUCCAGAUGAACUUGUCCAACUUCUCCUUUUGUAAACAGCACAGCUGAGGUCAGAGGUGGGGAGUGACUUGCCCAAGGUCACACUGUCCAGCAUAGCCUGCUGCCCAGUGACGUUGCCUCAUUCCUUCUUGUCUCACAUCUUUUUCAUGGGUCCAAGAUGUGAGGUUUAAAUAAGAUACCAGAAUCAUAGGUCAUUUCUGCCAGUUACGAUGUUGGCUUUUGCCUGCUGGUGUGUCAGUGUUUGAAAACACCUGCGUAUCCUAGGGACUGCGUCUUCGCCCCGCACUGGGACUCUUGGGGCCAGGAGUGGGCGGUGGGCUUGGCUAGAGUUCAGCACCCCAGGUCCCCGGUCCUUGGGGUCUCCUCCGGCUCCACCCACUCCCAACCUCUGGGGCCCAUUAGGCCGUGCUCUGCACUAGACACCUGGCUGCCGGGAAUAUAGGGAUUCUUCAGCUCUUCAUUCUAUGAGCAAUAAGUGAGCACCUGCUGUGUACCUGGCAUCAGGUGAGGCUGUGCGUUUAACUCCAUUUUUUUUACAAAUUAGAUUCCUGAAAACUCAUGAGUCACUGAAAACAGUACAUGUCAAAAUGGACUUCCUCACAAAUAAUUUUUUUAAGAUUUUAUUUAUUUAUCUUUUGAGGGGAAGGAGAGAGGGAGAGAAAUAUCCAUGUAUGGUUGCCUCUCGUGCAUCCCCUGCUGGGAACUGGCCUGCAACCCAGGCAUGUGCCCUGACUGGGAAUUGAACCUCGAUCCUCUGGUUCGCAGACCUGCGCUCAAUCCACUGAGCUACACCAGCCAGGGCCCCCUCACAAAUAAUUUUUAAAAGCAGAAAAUAUAUUUCAUGGUUUGAAAAAGUAGCCAAUCAUGUCUUUUUUUUUGCCAGAUUACAUUAAUGUCAACAGUAAAUAAAGAAUUUAUGGAAAAAGUGUAAUGUAAGAAGGUCAUUAACAAAAUAGACGAUACCAGUCACUGUGCGCGUCCGGUUAAGCCGUUUACAGCAUCGGCCCAGGAGCACGGGCUUCAUGCUCCUCCAUCUUCUCCCUGACA